GAACUCUAUGGGAGCGGAGACCACUUGACUGCACUCAGCACCUUUCAGGAUCAGGACCUAGGAAAUGGUCAGAGGAGCAAAGGGAGCAUCGCCGGAGAUUUGAAACAAAACCAAGGGUACUGGGCACUAAAUGAGAAUAUGGCCAAUGGCAUUGAAGAUCUUAUUGGGAUCCCAUUCCCAAACCACAGCAGUGAAGUCUUAUGUGGUUUAAACGAGCAGCGGCAUGACGGUCUCCUCUGCGAUGUCAUCCUCAUUGUACAGGACCAGGAGUACCGGACCCAUCGGUCCGUCCUUGCUGCCUGCAGCAAGUACUUCAAAAAACUCUUCACUACCGGCACUUUAACAGACCAGCCCUAUGUUUACGAGAUUGACUUUGUCAAGCCUGAAGCACUUUCUGCCAUCCUCGAGUUUGCCUACACCUCAACCCUCACCAUCACCACCUCAAAUGUCAAGCACAUCCUCAGCGCUGCCAAGAUGCUGGAGAUCCAGUGCAUUAUCAAUGUAUGCCUUGAAAUCAUGGAGCCUGACAGAGAGGCAGAAGAGGAAGAUGACAAAGACGACGAAGAUGAUGACGAAGAUGAAGAUGAAGAGGAGGAGGAAGAGGAAGAGGAGGAGGAAGUGGAAAAUUUUGUCAAUCAGGAGAACCUAACUGAUGUCCAAGAAGUAAGCUGUCACCAAAGCCCUUCUAAGUCUGAUCUUACCGAAGAAGCAUAUACAGAAGCACCUAAAGACUGUCCAAAUCACUACCCAGCCAACAACUCCUCUGGACACUUGGGCGUGAUACGAGACUUCUCCAUCGAGUCCUUGCUAAGGGAAAACUUGUACCCUAAGGCGAACAUCCCAGAAAGGAGGCCAGCUCUCUCUCCUUUUGCCCCUAGCUUCUUCCCACAUCUAUGGAACGGCGAUUUUAACUCCUUCUCCCAGCUCAAGGAGCCACAAGUAGACAAUGGCCCCUUAGAUCUGGUGAUCAAAAAGAGGAAGAUCAAGGAAGAGGAGGAGAAGGAAGACCUGCCUCCGCCUCCUUUCCCUAAUGACUUCUUCAAGGACAUAUUUACCAACACCCCAGCAGCUCCCUUAGGGCACAUUAAGGCGGAGACUGAGUAUAGCGCUUAUCUCAAUUUCCUAAGCGCUACCCAGUUUGGAGGAGUUUUUCCACCAUGGCCCCUGGAGGAAGAGAGGAAGAUAAAGCCCAAGGCAUCCCAGCAAUGCCCCAUCUGUAACAAAGUCAUCAUGGGAGCCGGCAAGCUGCCCAGACACAUGAGGACCCACACGGGAGAGAAGCCGUACAUGUGCAAUAUCUGUGAAGUCCGCUUUACCAGGCAGGACAAGCUGAAGAUCCACAUGCGGAAGCACACUGGGGAGCGGCCGUACCUGUGCAUCCACUGCAAUGCCAAGUUUGUGCAUAACUAUGACCUGAAGAACCACAUGCGCAUCCAUACCGGCAUCCGGCCCUACCAGUGCGAGUUCUGCUACAAGAGCUUCACCCGUUCCGACCAUCUCCAUCGCCACAUCAAGCGCCAGAGCUGCCGCAUCGCCCGGCCCCGGAGAGGACGCAAGCCCGCAGCAUGGAGGGCAGCCGGCUUGCUCUUUGCUCCCGGUGGCCCACCGGUGGAGAAGAGCUUUGUGAUGCCGCCAACAUUGGAGGAGAUGAGUGGCCACCUCGGCAGCACGGCCAUGUGCCUUCCUGGCCCCAGCCCCAAGCACUUUCUGAGCGGGGCCAAGUCCCCCUUCAGCCUGCAGGAGCUGGAGAGCCAGUUUGAAGAAACCCAGAUGAAGCUCCUCCGACGAGCCCAGCUGGACAUGGAGAGGAACGCGAGCAUCUUCGCCUUCGCCCUGGGCCAUAAUGAAAACCUCGCUGCCCAACCCUUCUUCCCCCUCCCUGAUCCAUGGAGCACGGGUUUCAACGGCUUGGCAGGGCUCAGCCAUGUGGCUCCCAUCUCAGAGGCAAGCAAAUAAACCCGUGUCUGGUCCCGCCAUAGGUCCGCUUCCCUUCCCAACAGGAUGACCAGCUCUCUCAGCAUCCCUGCCUGCCCUUUCGCAUCAUCUGGCUCCCAAGAAGCUCUGUGUCCCCUCGCCACCAUGGCUUGCCGUGGGGCUUGGGGCAUGGGGCCAUGCCCCGGGUGAGUGGGUGCGUAGAUGGGUUCUAUGCCCCACGGCCCCGGCGCUUCAGACUCUGCGAUGCACUUGGUUUUGGGGCUGUGGGGCACUUACUUCCCCAUCCAUCCACCCACCGCUCACAGCUCCAUCUGGGAAGGCCAGGCCAGGACUGUUGCUCUCUUCAAAAUGCUCCCAAAAAUGUCACUUGCCUUAGUCCAGGGCAUGGCCAUCACCAUGAGAUGGCUCUUCUGGGGGGAGAUGUUCCCCAUUUUCCACCUGUGGGGCCCACUGUACACUGACAACCAGACUUGGUUUUGAUAUGUUACAUUCCUUGGCCCUUUUGGUCAAAAAGACUUUUCUUUCCUUUUUUUUGGGUUUUUUUUUUCCUUUUUUUUUUUGGAUUAAUUCCCAUGUCUGGCAACAAUAUUCAUUCUACAAGGGAUAAAGGGAAGGGUCAAGCAACCAUGUUGGGAGGGGAAGAAUCCUGGCCAUUGGCUUUCUCAGUGGUAUGUCAGAUUUGCAGGGCUGGUGAGAAAGCCCUGAGGUGGGACCCUAAAAACAUUAAAAAAAAAAAAAUCUUAAAAAAAAAAUUUAAAAAGAAAAUUUUUUUUUCAAAAAAGAUAGAAAAUCACUCAGAAGCAAAGCUGGGUGGAAAAGGGGAUUUUUACUUAUUUUGGUUCUUUGUCCAUUUCAAAACUUCGGAAGGAGAACCAAAGCCUAUUUUGAGUACUUUAACUGCAGUUGCUUGAAAAGGUGAAGGAAAACUUUCGGAAGGAUCAGAAAUUUUUUGAUUCUGAGCUUUUAUUAAAACCUUGCUUUGCGAAAAUAAACCAUGGGGGAAUUUUGAAAUGAAAACGUCAUUUCAAACCAAAGAGUCAGAAUUCACCGCCGCUGACCGUUCUGAAAUGUAUAGGGUUUUGUCCUUAAUUCCCCCUAAUUCCUAUACAUAUUUUGAUGACGAAAUUUACAAAACACUGGAGUGUCCCUGAAUCUGCAAUGUCGAUGGGAAAAAAUUGGAUGUGCAAAUAUCCCUGCUGUUUGUCUCAAGGGAUCUUUGUGGAAAAGAGUUCCACUAAAGGUGUCUUGCAGAUAAGAUGGUCUACUUGCAAGAAGGAGAAGUACUAUUUCUUCACCAUUUGUUGGUUCACCAUUUGUUGGUUCAAAACAUGAGGCAGUAACAUACAAUGGGGUGCUCCAAGCUGAAGCUCGCUCAUUGUGGCCAAUAGGUCUGGGGUCCUCUCCAGCAUCCCUGCAGACCCUCGCUUGGACACCCCCACCUGAUAUUUCUUUUGAGGCUGGAAAAGUGGCCGGAAUCGCCUCAUCAGCCUCCUGCAGCUCUUAAAACCACGAGCUACUUUCGAGCAUAAAGGCUUUUGACGGCCAUCUGCCUCCAACUGCUCCUCUUAGAUGUGGUGGGACCCCAGUUUCACCACUGGCUGAGACAGCUUGAGGUGGGUGCCCCAGGAAGCUGGUUUUACAUGGAGCCAGCACCUGAUAGUGUACAUGUUACAAGUUAGGGAUUUUUCUUUCUGUUUUUACUGUUACCUUUUAACAUCAGCAGAAUCAAAGGGGAUGAAAGGGCCACGGGUUCGUUAACUUCUUGGCCUGCCCAUCAAUGGUGUCGCUCUGAAGCGGUGGCUGGAUGAUGGUGUCCCCACCAGAGAAUGGGAGGGGACACAGGGGAUCCACAGCCCACCAUGAGGGUAUGAAGGACUUCUGCUCUGAGACCAUCGUUAGCAGGAACGAUCCCAAGGAACUGCCCAAUGCUUGCUUCCUCCUCCAAGCGGAAAUCUGCAGAGACUCAGUGUGCAACAAGUCAAUGGAGAGAGUUUAAAAUAAAAAAAAAGAAGAAAACUUCUUAAAACUGCAUCAAACCUUCUUUUUGUUUUAAUCCAUACCAACUUCUUACACGAGCGAUGUUUUGCAAAUGGACGGUUACUUCAGGUGUUUUUUUGUCUACGAUUUGGAGUCAUUGUAAAGUAUCCAAAGAUGCUGAGUACUGUAUAAUCUACGAGGACUUGAAGCAAGGUGUUUUUUCUGUCUCAAUUUGUUUGUUGGGUUGGUUGGGUUGGUUUUUUUCGUUUGUUUUUUCCUUCCUAUUUGUCUAGCGGGGAAAAGCCUUUGCAAUUUUUCUAUUUAUAACUAUUUUUAUGUGAUUGCUUUAUGUACAAAACAAUAGGGGAAAAAAAUCAAAACAAAAAAAAAGGAGAGAGGAACACACACACAAACAGAUUUGCCUUACUUACUCACGGGACAAUCACCCUUAACUUGGAUUGACGCUAGAAAGUGGAUGGAAAAAAAAGAUACCAGAUCUUUUUAUGUAUUUAUUAAACUGCAUUAAUUGAUGAUCUUAAAUUAUAAGCAGGACUUGGUUCUCUUGCCUGUGGCCAUGCUGAGAAGGCUAAGCCGCUGCAGAUACUGAGCUGCCUCCCUCCUCGGGUCGGCAUGGCCAUGCCUAUGGCCUCAGGUCACUGGAUGUUCCCUGGACUCAUAAAUCUGGUGCUUUCCAAAGGCACUUUUUGGAAAGCCAAUAC